UGUCACCUUUGAUAUGAGGUGCGCCGGCCGGGCUUCCCUCUUCGGCUCUGCCGAGAUCCGGGACGCCAUCGCCGUCUGCAAGUGGGCCUCUAAUACCCUCGCCCCUCGCGGCAUCAUUUUGGUUGGAUCCUCCGCAGGUGCUCCAAUUGCCGGCUGUCGAUAAAAUAGACCAGGUUGUUGGCUAUGUCAGUAUAGGUUACCCUUUUGGUUUGAUGGCUUCCAUCCUCUUUGGGGAACAGAGAUCAAUUGCAAAACAAGCUUAAAUCCGCAGCCGGCAGGGUCGACAGCCACCUGAUCCAAGGAGUUGGCCAUUUUCAGAUGGAGGGGUCUGAGAUGCUCAAUCUCAUAUCCACAUUUGCUCAAUCCCUGCAGGGAUAGCAGUUACACGCAGCUAUAGGAGCUCAUCAAAGCUGUGGUCAACGGUCCGGGUUGUAUCUUAACAAAAUAUGUACAGAUCAGCUACCUCCGCUUCUGGAAAAGCUUCGGCGUCAGAAGCUGCCUCCUUAGUCGUAGUAUGCGAAUGGAAGAAGUCUUUGACCACGGUAACUGAAGAAACAAGCUUUGGAAGUCAUUGUUUGACUGGUCGCAUCCUCAUCGAGACAAAGAGACGUCGUCAAAUCGUUCCAAGCAUCUCUCGGCUUCAGGCCGGCAACAGCUUCCAUAAGUACUCCGCAGCACUGGCGAGAUCCUGCAUCGAGAACUGGCAAGAGAGUCCCAGCAAUAGGUGAUGGCGUCCUUCUCUUCCUUCCUGCACCUUUCUGCAGUCUCUCUGCUUGCGUUUUCUAGCCUCUCAUGUGCUAAAAGCUAUAGCAACAUAAGCCUGGGGUCCUCCCUCACCACCUCUGGUCCAAACACUCACUGGCUCUCCCCCUCCGGCGAGUUCGCUUUCGGUUUCCGUCCUCUUGAAACAGAUAGCAGCAGCUUCCUGCUCGCUGUCUGGUUCGAGAAGAUCGAAAGCAAAACCGUAGCUUGGUACCCACGCCCCUAUAAACCAGUGACCGCCGGGUCCAGUGUGGAGCUGACGACCGACGGGCAGCUCUUGCUCAAGGACCGAACUGGAAGUUCGCUGUGGGACCCCGGCGUCAGCAACGCCGCCUAUGCCGCCAUGCUCGACACUGGUAACUUCAUACUUGCCGGUGCCAACGGCUCGCCCCGAUGGCAGAGCUUCCAGGAUCCCGCUGACACCAUGUUGCCUUCCCAAGUGCUGGAGCUGGAUACCAAGCUUCUGUCCCGUUUGACAGACACGGAUUAUUCCGAGGGAAGGUUCAAGCUCAUCAUGCAAAACGACGGCAAUCUCGUGGUUUAUGCGGUGGCCGUCCCGUCCAGCUUUCAGUAUGAUCCUUACUGGAGCAGCGACAGCGUCGGUAAUGGAACGGGACUCAUCUUCAACCAAUCUGGCAGCGUAUACCUUUCUAGAAAAAGCAACACCAACAUCAAUAUCACUUCCGUGGAGAUGUCAUCGUUAGAAGAUUUCUACCAGAGGGCAACGCUGGAUUUUGAUGGAGUCUUCAGACAGUACAUCCACCCCAAGAACGGCUCCGGAAACGGUGCAUGGCCGUCGGAUAGAUGGACUAUGGUGGGUCUCACGCCGACUGACAUCUGCAGUUCAUCCAACUUCAAAUUGGGGAGCGGUAUUUGCGGAUUCAAUAGCUACUGCACGACGAGCGACAACUCGAGCGUCGUCUGCGAGUGCCCACCUCAGUAUUCCUUCAUGGAUCCGAGCAGGAGGUAUAAAGGAUGCAAGCCUGACUUCCCUGCCCAGAGCUGCGAUGCAGACGAAUCGGACGCACCACCACUGUAUGGAUUCAGGACGCUGGUCGACGUGGAUUGGUCACUAUCCGAUUAUGAGGAGUACUCGCCCAUCUCGGAGGACCAGUGCAGAGAAGAAUGCCGGACAGAUUGUUUCUGUGCACUCGCCGUCUUCCUAGCCGAUAGUGGUUCUUGCUGGAAGAAGAAGAUUCCCCUGUCCAACGGGAGAAAGGCUAGCGAUGUCAACAGAAGAGGGUUCCUCAAAAUUCCCACAGACAAUACUUCACAACCUUUCUCUUCGACGGGGGAGGAGAAGGGCAAGAGGACCUGGAUUUUGCUGGGAUCGUUGCUCCUUGGAGUCUCCCUAUGUGUGCUCAUGAUCUCGAUACUUCUCGUCACCUAUUGGUCCUUUGUCCACAACAAGAGGUUGCAUAAGCGUCAACCUCCCUCGAGCUUGCCGACGUUGAGCCUGCGGUCUUUCACUUACCCCGAGCUCGAAGAAGCCACCAAUAGCUUCAGAGAGGAGCUGGGUAGUGGCGCUUCCGGCGUCGUCUACAAGGGGUUCUUGAAAGACGAAGCCGGAACUCGUGUGGCGGUCAAGAAACUCGACAAGGUCUCGAGGGAAACAGGGAGGGAAUUCAUGAACGAAGUCAUAUCCAUUGGGCAGACCUACCAUAAGAACCUGGUGCGACUGGUGGGAUUCUGCUGCCAAGGUGUAACGGACAAACUUCUAAACAAGAUGUUGGAUAUAAUGCUUAUGUCUGUCCGUUGUCUUUUGGCAUGUUCAUGCCUUGUACAGCAGGUAGAGGGGCGGCCGAAGAGUGACAAAGGGGCGGAUCGGCUUCUUCUGGUGUACGAGUUCAUGAGCAAUGGCUCCUUGAUGGCAUUGCUGUCCGGGGACGUGAGGCCGAGCUGGGAUCAACGCGUCCAGAUCGCGCUUGGAAUCGCGAGAGGCCUCCUCUACUUGCACGAGGAGUGCAUCAGCCAGAUCUUCCACUGCGACAUCAAGCCCCAGAACGUGCUUCUGGACGACAACUUGGUGCCGAGGAUCUCAGAUUUCGGCUUGGCCAAGCUUCUGAAGACGGACCAGACGCGAACGAAGACGGACAUCAGGGGGACCAAAGGAUACGUCGCACCAGAGUGGUUCAAGAACGCGGGCGUCACGGCCAAGGUCGAUGUGUACAGCUUCGGCGUCAUGUUGCUGGAGAUCAUAUGCUGCAGGAGGAACGUGGAUCUGGAGCUGGGAGAAGCGGAGGAGGCGAUAUUGACCUUCUGGGCGAACGACCGCUUCAGAGACGGGAGGCUGGACUUGCUCGUGGAAGGGGAUGAGGAAGCGACGUCGGACAUGAGAAGGAUGGAGAGGUUCGUGAAGGUGGCGCUUUGGUGCAUCCAGGAGGAGCCGUCGAUGAGGCCGACGAUGCACAAGGUGGCUCAGAUGCUUGAUGGCACGGUGGCUGUCCCCAUACCCCCUGAUCCGUCCUCCUACAUCAGUUCAUUGCAGUGAUGGAUACCUUCACGGUAGAUUGGCCCAUAACUUGACAUCUAGAGGUACAAAGAAAGGAUGAUCCUUGCUCAUGUUUUGGUAUUACAGUAUGCAGGUUUCCGAUUCCCUGUUCUUGCUGCUCUUUAGCUGCAGAAGGUGAGACAAUUGUUAAGGAGAACAAAUCA